CCACUACCGCACGUUCGACGGUCGGCAGUACAGCUUCCACGGGGACGGGUCAUUCAGCCUGUCCCAGAGCGUGGACGGGACCUGGUACAUCCACGCCAAGAACCUGGACUGUGACUCCUGUGAACCUGCCACAAAUUUUUGACCAUGCAGUUUGGUGCUGAUCUGGUCCAGGCUGAAGGAAGGAACAUCACCGUUAAUGGUGAAGCUAUAGAAGUGGCCCCCGACACAUCUGUUGCCAUAAAUGGGCUGAUACUGAAGAGGCUAGGGGAGUUCAUGUUCCUGGACUCGGCGCUGGGUGUGCGUGUGAAGUGGGACGUCGGUCCGACCGUGUACGUCACCAGCACCAUGGAGAACGUGGACAAGACCCAAGGGCUCUGUGGUGUCUACAACUAUGAUGUAUCAGAUGACUUUACCACACUGUCUGGGGAACAGACAAACUACGUCACCUACUUUGCCAAUUCCUGGAAGAUGUGUGAGAUUGGUGAUGCAGACUGUGCAGACGUGGCAGACGUGGGACACUUCUGUGACCAGUACCCCAGCAGAAAGGCAAAUGCUGAGAUCAUCUGUAACAAACUGUUGGAGGAUCCAUUCAGUUCCUGUAACUUUGUGAUUGAUCCGAGCCAGUACUUCGACAUGUGCACCUAUGACUACUGUAGCUGGCCGGAGGAGGAGGACCGUGUGAAGGCAGUCUGUGGUACCAUGGCUGCCUAUUCCCGGGAGUGUGCCGAGAGUGGCGUGGUCUUUAACUGGAGAUCAGACGACCUGUGCGGUAAAUCGUGCUACAAUGGGACCGUGUACACAGAGUGUGGCAGCCAGUGCCCCCGAACUUGUACAGACAUGCAGUUCAGCCUCGAGAGCAGCUACUGCUCAGCUGAGUGCGCACCAGGCUGCGAGUGUCCCAAUGAAAUGGUUUUGGAUGGAGAUGUUUGUGUGAUACCAGAGAGCUGUCCAUGCUAUCACCACAGGGAGCGAUAUGAGGCUGGCGAGACCAUCAUGCAGGAGUGCAAUGAAUGUGUCUGCCACACGGGUCUGUGGACUUGCACUGAGGACAGGUGUGCCUCUACCUGUCACUUCAUGGGAACUGGGCAUGUGAAGACCUUUGAUGGGAAACACUUCAACAUUCAGGGGGCUGACUGCCCUUACGUACUUGUGGAGGAUGUUGCUGGGAUAAAAUUCCGAGUGACGACCAAGCUGCAGCCAUGUUCCUCCGGCAGCAUCACGACAUGCAUGGACUCCCUCACCAUCCAAACCUACAAGGACAACGUCAAACUCAUGGCCAAUGGACUGGUCUACCUCAACGGGGAGUUACAACGUCUCCCAUACAGGAGUACAGACCUGUACCUGAAGAGAGCUUCCUCCCUGUACACUGUGGUGGAGGGUUUCGGUGUGACAGUGAUCUGGGGAAGCCUGAAUGAGGUUUAUGUGGUGCUGGACCCAUAUUACACUGCUCAAGUUCUCGGUCUGUGUGGAACAUUUAACUGGGACCAGCACGAUGACUUCACCACUCGGGACGGGGACGUGGAGUCAGCCGAAAACACCUUCACUGACAGGCUCAGACUCACCCUCUCCUGCCCUGAUGUCAUAGAGGAGUAUGUCAGUGCUUAUGGUGUAUACUUCCAAAACCGAGCAUACAGCCAGGAGAAGUGCGGUAUCCUGAACAGCGAGGUCUUCGCUCCCUGCCACGACCACGUGGACAAGACGACGUACUACGACCUGUGUCUGGACGACGUGAGCGGCUGUCCAUGGAUAGAUGACCCGGGGAACUGCCUCUGCCCUGUGCUGUCGGCCUAUGCCAUGGCCUGUGCUAAGGAAGGCGUGGAGGUGGACUGGAGGCUACAGGAGGAGGUGUCUGCCCUCUGCUACAAGCAGUGCUCGGGUGGGCAGACCUACCACGAAUGUCUGGACCCCUGCAUGCGGACGUGUGGGGACCAUCGGCAUGAUGAGCUGUGCGCAGACCUGCACGACGUGGGGUGCGUGGCCGGGUGUAACUGUCCUGAGGGGCAGCUGCUGGAUGAUGAGGGCAGGUGUGUCCACCUGGAGGACUGCACCUGUGUGGACAUGUACACCGGGGAGGUGUACCCUCCUGGGAAGAGGAUCAAGCAAGGGUGCAAAGUUUGUGAGUGUAUAGAGGCCAAGUGGAACUGUUCGGACAGGUUCUGCUUCGGUACAGCCAUCUGUCCCAACAACCAGGAGUUCAGCCUGGAGGCGUCCCCGUGCCCACUGACAUGUGACAACAUGGAGUACGAGUGGGACUGCAAGGCACCGCCAUUUGAAGGCUGCGACUGCCCCGAGGGAUAUGUGUUCUCUGGGGACUGGUGUGUGCUGCCUGAGAACUGUCCAUGCAGACAUGGUGGGAAGGACUACCAGAGAGGGGAAGUCAUACAGAAGGACUGUAACACCUGCAUGUGUGAGGGGAAACACUGGAGCUGCACUCGUGACAAAUGUGCAGGAAUGUGCCAUGCAAGUGGCGACCCUCACUACGUGACGUUUGACGGGAGAGCCUACUCCUUCCAAGGGGACUGCAGUUAUGUCUUAGCAAAGGAGGCUGUGAACAACUCCUUCACAGUGACAGCUGAGAACGUCCCGUGUGGUUCCUCUGGGGUGACCUGUACCAAGUCUGUUACUGUCACCAUCAAAGGGACAGAUAUUCUCAUGUCUACAGGCAGGGUAGUCCGAGUGAAUGGUGUAGUUGUGAACCUGCCCAAGUACUACGAGGGUUCAGGGAUCUACAUCCGCGAGGCCGGCAUGUUCGCCAUCUUAAAGGCUAAGCUGGGACUGGAGGUCAAGUUCGAUGGAGGUACCAGAGUGUUCAUCCGUGUGGAGCCCCAGUAUCAGAACUGCAUGGCUGGACUAUGUGGAAACUACGAUGGAUUCCAGGACAAUGACUUCACCACCAGAGCGGGCAGCUCGGAAACCUCCCCGACCAUCUUCGGGAACUCCUGGCGCGUCAGCCAGGCAUGUGGGGAACUGGCAGAGGGGGAUGACAUCAAACCUUGCGAGCUGAAUCCCAUGAAACUGCCCUGGGCGGAGCUGACAUGCUCUGCGCUGAUGUCGGCCAUGUUUGAGCGGUGUCGCCAGGUGGUGCCCUACCUUCAGUACUAUCAGUGGUGUUUGGAUGAUGCUUGUGGAUGUGAUUUUGGAGGGGAUUCAAAGUGUGUCUGCACUGCAAUUUCAUCAUACGCCGAGGCUUGCAAUGCAGCAGGCAUCUAUGUCCGCUGGCGCUCACAGGAGCUGUGUCCCAUGCAGUGUGACAAUGGGUACAUCUACGAGGCGUGCGGACCCAUCUGCCAAUCGUCGUGUUCUGGUGGCCAGGAGGAGUGGUACUGCCAGAACAGCACCUGUACGGAGGGAUGCUUUUGUCCUGACGGCUGGUUCCCAGAGGGAGACAGCUGUGUGGAGGCCCGAGAAUGUCCCUGUUUCCUGUAUGAUGUGGAGUAUCCUGCUGGGGCAGUCUACAUGGUCAACUGUCAGACAUGUAACUGUACAGGAGGAGAGUGGAUCUGUACAGGGGAACUCUGCGAGGGAGAGGAAGGUGUUGGCACCUGCACACCGGAUGAAUUCACCUGUUCAAACGCACGCUGUGUGCACAUGGCUUGGGUAUGUGAUGGACAGAACGACUGUGGCGACGGGACAGAUGAAACCAACUGUACAAUGAAAACUUGCUCUUCAGUGGCCUUUCAGUGUGACAAUGGUCAGUGCAUCCCUCAGGAGUAUGUUUGUGAUGGAAUGCCUGACUGUAGUGACUACACGGAUGAGCAAGCCUGCCCUGCUCCGACGUGCACCAACAGAGAGUUCAAGUGUGAGAAUGGAAGAUGUAUCCCACAGUCCUUUGUGUGUGAUGCAGAAUUUGACUGUGGGUUUGAAGACCAUUCAGAUGAGGCAGACUGUGGAGAUGAGUGUGGCGUUGGGGAAUUUUGGUGUGGUUUACAAUCCUUGUGCAUGCCCCUCACCCUGCGCUGUGACGGCCACGAUGACUGUGGGGAUGGGAGUGACGAAGCCCUCUGCUCUUGCCUGCCUCAUGAAUUCACCUGUGCUAACGGAUACUGUAUUCUUCGGACUAAGCUAUGUGACUCAGUUGAAGACUGUCCCAGGGGUGUGGACGAAAACAUCAACAUCUGUCCCUCCAACGGCACUGGUAACGGCACAGCGGCCCCCUGUGAUGGCUUCCUCUGUCAGAAUGGCCAGGAAUGUAUAGAGUCCAUCCUCAUGUGUGAUGGAAGAGCAGACUGCUUUGAUGGCAGUGAUGAAAGCUUACAGCACUGUCAGCUAACAUGUGGAGCAGGCCAGUUUAUGUGCUCUAAUGGCGCCUGCAUAGCGGUUAACAAAACUUGUGAUGGCACGAUGGACUGUCUCAGUGGGGAGGAUGAGAGCCUACCUCAAUGCCAUGGCACUACAACAGUUUCAGCACCAGGGACAGUAUCUACCUCGCAGGCUCCACCUGGCACCAAUGAACCAAUGGGUACCUGUGCCAGUGGCUGGUUCCAGUGCUUUUUCGACCUCACCUGCAUCCCAGCUAGUUUUGAAUGCGAUGGACAGACCGACUGUGAUGACGAGUCAGAUGAAAUGUUCUGUGGUUACGGGUUCACAGGGUCACCUCCUCUCACCUCAACGGAAACAUCACCUGUAACAACAACCAUCCCAGUUACAUCUCCACUUGCAACAACCCUGGUCACACCACCGGGUAGUUGUGAGUAUGUGUGUGCCAAUGGGAGAUGUCUGAAUGCCAGCCAGGUGUGCAACACCCUGCCUGAGUGCGCUGACGCUGCCACAACCCAGCACGGUGUGGACUCUGAUGAAUAUAGAUGCGGAGGCUACACGGUUUGGUACCCCUGGGAGCCGUGCAGCGCCUCCUGUGGGGAUGGUACUCAGACCAGACACCGGUACUGUGCUGACCCCCAGCCUCUUCCGGAUGACCCCCUACGUGCCUGCAAGGGAGAGGAUUCUGAACAAAGGCCCUGUUAUAUAGAGGCAUGCCCAGCCCCGCCCAGCUGGGGUCCGUGGGGUACGUGGUCCAACUGGACUGGCGGCUGUCUGGUCGGGUUCACCUAUCGCGAGCGCAGGUGUCGCACAAACUACCAGACAGGUGAUGAGGAGUGUGAGGACGUACCAGGUGCGGACAGCACUUACCUGGAGAUCAUGGCGCAGAACGUAUCUCAGGACUGUGGUCCGGAGUCAUGCAGGGACAAGCAGGAGUAUCGAGACAGGGACUCCUGUCUGGUGUGUCCACCGUCUUGUUUGGGGCUGGCUGACGGAGUAGAAUGUGUUCCUGAACCAUGUGAAGCAGGUUGUUUCUGCCCAGAUGGUUACUAUGAGGACAAUGGUGACUGUGUGCGUGUGGAGGACUGCCAGUGCUAUCACAAUGGUUCCUUCUACAGCCCUGGUGCUGAGCUGCUGAUCAGGCCAUGUGAAACAUGUAUCUGUUCUGAAGGUCAGUGGACCAACUGCUCCAUCCAUUCUCCAUGUAACGUGGACUGUGGUUGGUCGGAAUGGUCCACCUGGGGAGAGUGCCUGGGGGCCUGUGGCUCAUCUUCGUUCCAGUGGUCCAGUCGAAUGCCGGACCACCCCUCCAGACAGGGUAAUGGUACAGCCUGUGUGGGGCCUGACACACGGCUGCAGAACUGUACUACAGACCCAUGCCCAGCCUGCACUUUUGAAGGAAUGGAAAAACAGAUUGGAGAUCAGUGGACCAAUGGGUCCUGCCAUAUCUGUGACUGUCUGCAGGAUGCACUCAUUGUCUGUUCUAAAUACUGCCCUCUUAAGGACAUAGGCUGCCCACAGGUGAAUCUGAAUCACAUACUGUUCAGGAUUGACACCAAGCACUACGUCAUCACCAGGUCAUAG